GCAUAUUGCAGCGAACAGCAUGCAGGCCACAAGAAUUCAUUUGAUCUCGUGGUUCACUGAGGGAAGACUGCUUCUCACAGCUCUCCGCGUCGGCGUGGGAUUUGAGCUCAGAUCUCCACCACCCCUCCCCUCACCGCCAAAGGAUGGUUGUAUCUGCAAAGUGUGCCUUUCAUUUUGAACACAAAUCCUGCAUGGCCCUUGUCCUCUACACACCCCCAUCAGCCUCAGACUUUGUGUUGAUGAAAGGGGCCAUCUCGAAUAUCCAGUGCAGGCGCAGCAGCUGCCGAUGCGACCGCGACGCUCUUUCAGAACUCCAACAAAGGGAGGGGAGUUUUUUUCUCCCUUUUGACGGGGGGCUCCGAACACUUUGUGUUCUAACACCAACCCCUGACUUCCCCCCCACCCCUACUCUUUUUGAAUACGGAGCAGAAGAGGAGGCUGUGGCUUUUGUCUGCUUGUGGAUGGAGGGGGAUUCUCUCCACACCACCUCUUUUCAACCAUCUGAUACGGCUCUUCUGCAGCCCUCGGGGCCCAGGCUGUACCCGACAGCACAGCUGGCAACUAUAGACAAACUCUCUGACCUUACCCCAGGAACACGCACAAAAACAUUCCUGCUCCGGCCCGGUCCAGCACCAUCAGGAGAGGCUGAAGAAGGGUGCGAGCCUGCAGCAAUCUUUAAGAGUCAUAACAACGUCUGGCAGAUAGAGCUGCAUUUUGUCAACAGUUGCCAGCAUGGACCAGCAAAACACAGCCUUGAUCUGGUGCUGAUAUGAAGCUGAUCUGUCUGUGCUGAGACAAAGCAGGACUGUGUACACAUACAAACAUGCAUCCUUAUCAGUACAAGUGUAAGGCAACAAAAACUCCAAGUGUCAACACCUGCAGCCGUUUCAGAACAUAUUAAAUAGGUUUAAAUUUACAGUCUAAAUUUUAGAUACGUGUAUUUACAUACAUUCACAUG